CUCGCACGAAACAUGGAGGACGCGAGUGCAGCCGUUGACGAGUACGGGCUCCGUGGGAUCGCGACGUUGCCUCUGAUGGAACAGGUGCAUCGCUUGCUCCAUGCGAUAUCUAUGAAAUACCCAUACAAAGAGACUGCUGCCUGGAAAACGCUUCCCUUGGAUGCCAAACGUCAGAUUCUGCUAUACAUCAAAGCCAACAAACCAAAGACUGGUGAACACACACCUUCGUUAUCAUUUGCACCACCGCCAAGUGAUACGCAAGAUGACGACUACGACAACGAAGGCUUACUCACGACGGACGACAAGGGUGGAGUGGAGCCACCACCCACCACGUCCAGCGUGGAUGACGAUGGCAAUCCUCAGCUUGCAACGGCGAAGUCAACAGAAAAAGCACCUGUAGCUGCGUCCGACCCGUACUUGGCUGCCCUUCGAACGGAGCACAGCCAACCAGUCGGGCCGCCGAAAUACCAAAUGACGUGGAAGGUCAAACACAUUCCAAAAUCAGUCUCGUUCAAAUGCAGUUGUGGGGCCGUCCAUCGCACCGAGACGGGAAAUGCUGUUUUGGACGAGGUCCGGGUCAUGAUGACAACAUUUGGCGAUGUCGAUACACCUUGUAAUGCUACCGCGGCAGUCGUUCAAGCCAUCGUUCAAAAACAAGUGAAAUCGGCGCUCCUGAAGUCGUCGUUGAAGCAGUACUCGCUCUUGGAUUUCACGAAGCUCUUCCACGAUGAAGCCAUGUACUACGCCCGGUGGAAAGAGUUCAAGUCAAACACAAAAGACGACGAAGACGACGGCGGGCCUGACGACGUCGAACUCUCGGACGACCUUGUCGACGAGCUGGACAUGUUUGCAUCGUACGAGAGCAUGGAGCUGAAUGCGUUCCAGCAGUACUUUUUGGAGCGGAUGAAGUUUGCCGACAAACGGACCCAGUCCAUGGAUCCAUCGACCUAUUUAGACUUUUCCAAAAAGCGAAGUACCAACUUUAUGGCGCACACGAAGCCGUUCUUGGACUGGCUCGGCCUCCCUGCCAUGUCCAAGGCAUGCAUCGAGUUUCUCAAUUUUGUCGUGUAUAACAAAAUUGGCAGGCUAGUUGAAGAAGCCAUCAAACUGAAGCGCCAGGGCCAGCUCGAUACCCUUCCAGGAGCGUUGAUGGCGGCCGAUGUGAAAGCUGUGCCUCUCACGGAAGCGGAGCCGUCUCCGCCACUACAUGUCAACGCAAAAAAGCGGAACCGGGACGAAACACUGGACGACAAAGCUGCAGCGCAGCCCCCAAUGAAGCGACCGGCGCCCCCCCCUGCGCGACUGAAACGACUGCGAUGAUGAAGAGUAGAGGGCGUUACGUGCGUCCACGAAUUUCGACCACAAACACACUGACUUGAUUGUCGUUCC